CAUGUACAUAUAUGCAAACUUAACUACACCAUUCAUAAUUGCUUUGAAAUCCAUUUUGAUACAAAGGCUGGAAUUCUCGAUUUCUUAUCAACCACUUCUCAGAAGCUCUUUCACCUUGUAAGCCGCUAUUGAUAGUAUUAAGUCCAUUACGUAGUCAAUGCUUACCGGCAUUUCUAAAUCAAUAAGUGAUAUGAAGUUAACAAUAAGUAUAGGAGCGAUUGCGGUGUUUGCUCUGCUUGAGUUAACAAGAAAGAAAUUUGAAACACCAUUGAAGUGCUGAUCAUGAUGAGAGGGAGGGGCCUGGAGCCGUGAGGGGAUUAACUCGUAAGAUUGAGCAGGCCAUAGAAUAGGUAUCGGUAAGUCAAUUUCAGGUCACAUGACAAAUCUCAUCCAAUGACAUGCCUCAUUGAUUAUGCUUACAUCGAUACAUGAGAAGUAGAAAGGCCCAAGUUCAUCAAACAGCUUUUGGUUUAUUAACACAAACACACCAAAAAGAAAUGCAUUUGUUUUUUCUUUUGUGCAUGGUUUCAUUUGGUUCAUUUGGAAAGAUAAUACGGAGUAGAUUUUUAUCUCUCUUUCAUUCAUUAGGAAGAAUGGUCUGCCAGCAACAAACUGCUGGGCCUUACUUAAGGCCAAAAUACCGGACUUAGGCCCUUCUUCCUCUCAUUCAUUCAUAUUACCCCCUUCACUUGUCUCCUGGAGUUGUGGCUUCUGGAUAAUUAUAGGCUCAGUGUUGUCCUAAUCUCUUAGAUGAACCUAGAGUCUCUAUCAGUAUCAGUGGGGUAAUAUGUCACUGGCUGAUCUGCACGCCCUGGCAACUUUCUACCAUUUUUUGUAAAUCACUUGUUGGAAUACAAAUAUUGGAAUACAAUUAUUAUUAUAUAAUAAUAAUAAUAAUAAUAUUUUAAAGUCCAUUCCAAAUUUUCAUUGAAGGGAUCAAAUCAACUUUGUUCUUGUGGAUUUUAAGUUCUGGAUUAUUUUGUUGGUGACUGUUUAUCUUCCAAGACUGUGUGAUUACUAAUGGUUAAUUUCAUAUAUGGAGGUAUGGAAGUUGCCAUUGUGAUACGGAUAUCAAUUUCUUUGGUCAUCUCACGGUCAAAAUCACAUCUUGCAGACCAUACAACAACAAAACAAUGUUACAACUUUUGAUAUCUCUUUGCAAUGGAUAUGUGAUGCUGAAAUGAAAAAUAUUGUUUGGACUUUUUGAAGUAUAUAAUGAGGACAUUGUCAGAGGUAUGGUAGGUGAAGCACCAGGAAUAAAAGUCACAAGUCUGCUCAGCAGCCUCAAAUCUCUGGAUACAGAGAUAGUUUUGCAAAAUGUGGGAGACAUUAAAGGUUUGCUCUUUGAGCUCAGGGACUUGCUGUCUAAGGCUCUUCCAGAUGACUUGUUAGAAGACGAUGUUCAAUCAAUUCCAAGUUCUAGAGAAUCUUCAUCGCUCUCAAGCUGUUCACCAGAAUUAUCUCCUAGACAGAGUCCUACCACUGAAGAUCAGCAUCACUGGCUGUAUAAACCUGAUGCAUACCACCAGGCCUCCACCCCUCACAUCUGGGGUGGAGCUCCUCCUCUUAAGACUCCAGCAGGGGUUGCAGGGGGUCAUGGAGUUCAUCAAGUCGGCCCUGUGACCAACGGCCAUGGGGUCCAUCAGUUCGGCCCUGCGACCAACGGUCAUGCAGAUCCCGGCCAUAGCAGUGAGAACCACACUCCAGAUAACAGCCAAGAUUGGCAUUUUGAACAUCACCACAACAGACUUCAGAUUCCUGAACCUCACAACAAGUAUGGUCAAGGACUAAGUCCCACCACUGCUGCAUGGGACGCUGCAAGGCAACAGACCGCAUAUGGUGAUAAACAUCGUAGUGAUCUUGAUUUGAGCGAACAUGAGGAUAGCCAACAUUAUGGAGGAGAGGAUGAGCAGGGGAAUCAUAUAAAUGGGGUGUAUCCACCUGAGGAUGCGGGCAGCUUGCAUCAUGGGAUGCAUGUGCCAAAAGGUCUCGACUUUGUCGGGAACGGUCAUGGAGAAGGUGGGGAAGAUUCAAACUUUUAUCUGCAGGACCAUCACUCUUCAGGUGAUGAAGAGGAAGAGCCAUUCACAGGGGAACGGCGUUACAGUCAACAGUACGAGCCACCCAAGUCUGCCAAAGCAAAGCCAUUGACGAACGGCCAAGCCACGGGAUGGCAGGACCUUGAUCACUUUCCACCGCGGCUCGAGGAUGGGCGUGUCAUGCGGCAUGCAUCCAGCGAGCCGAACGUUGGAAUCGUGCACUAUCAGAGAAGGAGAGAGCAUGAUGGUGAUGAGGCAAGAAAUGAUACCAGAAGGAUAAUGUCUGAUCAGAUGAUGAACGGUGAUGAUCACUAUCAGCAUAGUGUGGAUCCUUAUCAGACAGAGUUCACUCAUGCAGGAAGCAGAGGACAAGAUGUAGCUCAACUAGAGAUACUCUACCAGGCGAGGGGGCGUGAGAUAAACAACCUGACCUCUCAGCUAGAGGCCUUGCGUGAGGAAAGCGCUAGGGAGAAACGCAUCCUUAAUCAUCAACUUGCUAUGGCACAAGAUGAGAGAGAUGGCUUGGGUACAACCUACGGUGAAACUCAGAAGCUGAUGAAUCAAAUGAACAAUGAGAACCAUACUCUGAGAGGCCAGCUACAAUCAGUCCAACAACAGGUCCAGUCACUCACAGAGGUUAACCAACAGCUUCAUUCAGAGUUAGACACUGCCAAAGCUAACAUAGAAAGCCUUAAUCACCAGCUGUUUGAAGUCCAACGUUCACAGCCACUACACAGAGCAAGGGAACAGCAUGAUUCUCUGCUAGUGGGACUACAGCAGAAGUUCUCACAAGAAACAGCGAAUUUGAGGGAGAAAGUAGAUGCAGCUAGCAAGUUGGCUUCUGAAAGGGGUACACUCGUUGAUCAGUUGGAAGCAAGACUAAAUACAUCUCUUAAAGGAGCUGAUCAAGCAAGAAUGGAACAUGCAGAGACAGUGAAUAGACUAACAGCUUCUUUGCAAGACAGUCAGAACAGAUGCCAAGAGCUUAUAUUACAAGGUUCAUUGCCAGCAGUGCAGGAGCUUCAAGUCAGACUUAAUGAUGCCAGCAAAUCUAAAGUGAUGGCAGAGAAUAUGUGCCAAACAUUACAGGAGGAGUUGGCAGAUCUGAAAGACCAGGUAAUGCUUUAUGAAGGUGCUGUUGACCUUGGGGUCAUAUCAGGGUCAGGGGUUAAGCACCAUUCUCCACCCACCCCUAGUGAUGAAGACAUAGUGAGAAACCUUGCCAAGGAAGACUGGAAAACUCCACAACCAGCAGGAUCCCAGAGAAACCUGAAGGAGCCCAUGUCCCCUGAGGAGACCCUGGUGAAGCUGAAGGCUGAGCUAAGCCGAUCUCUACAGAGCAUCCGAUCUAAGAGGGAGCAUGUCACCAAGCUCCAGGUGGAGCUCAGGGAGGCAAAGAUGGAGGGACAGAAAUGGAGAGGGAGAGUGGAGGGGGCUGAAGCUAGAGUUGGUCAAGUGGAGGCUGAACUUCAAAUACUCAAGAAGACCUUAUCAGAAAACUCAACCAAAGAAACAGACGCUCAUAAAGAAUACUUAGAGAGGUUGAAAUCAGAACUGGAGGCUAAAACAGCAGCAUACCAGGAGCAGGUAGAAAAAUUGGCAGUGCUCAAGGCAGAGAUGGCUCAGAUGGUAGCUGAUAGUGAUCAGGACAAGAAAGAAGCUGUGGACAGGUGUCAAAUGACAUGUUUGCAGCUUCAUGAGGAUGCUUCACGUAACAUGAGAGAAGAGCUUGUCAAUGAGCUUCAGACUGAGAAAGAGACUCGUGUAGAAGCUCAUCAGUAUCAGCUACAAGAAGUCAGGAAUGAGAUGGCUGAGCUGGAGAAUGAACUCCAUAAGACCAAGGCCCUCUAUGUGGAGCUCUGUGAUGAGAAGAAAAGCCUGGAAGAGAACAUGGAGAAGCAGAUCAGUGCUCUCAAAGAAGAGUCUCUACAACAGACAAAAGCAGAGAUGGAGAGAGAGAAGACAAGUGCCUUUGAUGAACUUAAGUCUUCCAUGGAGGCAAGCCACAGAGCAGAGAUUGUCCUUCUCUUGGAGAAAAAGAAAAAGGAGAAUGAGGAAGAUCUGGAGAAGAUUAAAUUAGAUCAGAAAAAACAUUUGGAAAAGUAUGAGAAAGAAAUCAUCUUUUUAAAGAAUGCUCAUGAGGAGCAGAAGAAGAAGCUAGAGAAUCAGAUCACUGACGCCAAGGAUAAAGCAAAGCUGGAUAAAGAGCAGGAAAUUGCUGAAAAGGAUGAAGCUGAUCACCUCAGCAGCAUGGCUUCUGAGUUGAAAGAUAUACAGCAGAGGUAUAAGGAGCUGUCAGCAUCAUUGACUAGUCAAGUGAACAGUGAAGUAGAGAAGGCCAAGGAGCAUUGGAUGAGACAAGAAAACUCGCGCAGAAAGUCCUUUGAUAGGGUUGCUGCGUCUACCAUAGAGCAAAUGAAGGCCAAUCAUGCUGUAGAGCUGGCUGAAUGGCAGGCUAAGUUCACUGAUGAAGAGCUGCAGGUCAAAGAGAGGAUCGCAGCAGCUGUGAAGGAGGCCAAGGAGAGCUGGAAGAAAUGGGAGGAGAAAAGGAGGAGAGAGUCUCUAGAAAAGAAGAGCAAUGAAGGUAAGGUACAGGAAACAAGAGUGGAGAAGGAGCUCCUGGUGUUACAGCAGCAGCUCCAGAAGAUCCAGGAGGCCCUUAGUGUCUCCCAGAGAGAUGGUAAGCAGGUCAGAGCCAAGUAUACCCAGCUCAAAGGGAGACACGACCAGGAGGUGAUGGGUCUGAAGCAGGAGCUCAGGUCAUGCCAGACCAAGCUCCAGCAGGCUGAGAGGACUGUCCAGCAGGAGCUAGAGCAACUGCAGACUGAGAUGCGUGAGGCCAACUCUGUUACCAUGGAAUCGAUGCAGGAGCGUGUGUCAGCCAUUCAGCAGAAACAUUCCUUAGUCUUAGAGAAGAUGAAAUCAGGAUGGGAGGAGGAGAGGCAGAAAUGGAAGAGAGAAAAGAUGCAGACACAGAAAGAUGUCAAUAGCAUUUCUGUUCAGACAAGUUCAAAUGAUGAGUCUGCAAUCAUUGAAGAGCUGAAGAUGCAUUAUAUGAAGUCAGUAGAAAAUGUCAGAGCCUCUGCCAUGAGCUACGUCACUGACAUGCAGAAACGGUGUCAAGAGACCCUUAGGACGGCAGUAUUUGAAGAGAGACAAAGAGUGGCUGCUAAGAUGCGCAAGUUCUACACCAAGCAGGUCCAUUCCUUGAGAGAUGUUCCCAGAGAAAACAAAAGAACAGAAACGUCUAACCAUUCACCUGACCAGCCACCAGCCGAUCAAACAAGAUCCUUACCCAUGAGCAGGUGCAGAGUAUCUUCUUUGUCUACUCCACAGACUUUAACCAGUGACCUUAGACCACAGUCACAAGCUAAUUACAUCCCUUCAAGUAGAGUAAGCAGAAGAGUGCAUUCAGAUGAAACCCCAAGAUCCACGUUUCGUAAUUCCAGCAGUGUCCAUCCGGUUGCUGAGAUGAGAAAGGCACAACACCCACAGAACUCUCAAGUGCCUCGUGAUGAACAUCGAGAUACAAGGUUGCAGGAACAGAGAGGUUUUGCAAGGGGAGACCAGGUUGGCAAAGAGACUAUGACAGGAAACCAUGUUGUUCAGCAAGGUGAAGUUGCGUCGAUGGGGGAUAAGAAGAAGACAGCCCACGGUUUUCAUCACUUCACUGAGGAUGACAUUGGUCCAAAUUCUGUAGCUCUUUUGAAAGAUGGAGAUACAAACUUUUCAAGAACAGAAUCAACCAGCAUUGCAGGAAGAAACUCUAAAAGUCCACCUGUAAAGAAACAGCUGCAGCAACACAGUAACAUAACUGCUAGGAGACGCAGUGACGGUAAAAAGGACCACAGUCUUACACAGGAAAUGCCAUUAAAAGUACCUGCAAGGAAAACUGAGCUCCCAUCCAAUGGACCACCUCAAGUUCUUCCAUCUAACAGGACCACUUCUCAAGGUACAACGAUGUUACGCUAUGCUUUAGUUGAGCAGGACACACAUCAUUUCACAAAGUCCUGGGUCAAUACCCACAGCGAACCACCUCCACAAGGAAUAAUGCUGCCUACUGACGCCAAUCUCUCCUUUGAAUCAGAGUAUGCAGAACUACCUCAGUCGCUCCAUGAAAGCAGAGUGCCAUCUUCUUUGCCAAACCAUCCCUUCCUUGAGGAAAGCUUUUCCAAGAAUGUGCCUUUGCCCAGGAGAUUAGUGGAGCUCCAGCACGGGUUGUCACAGUCCCAUCCUGUCAGGGACUCGAGCAGACAGGAUGUGUAUCAUGUCCAAGCAUCUACAGGGGGACAGCUCAGACAGGGGUCCACGAUAACAACGUCCAAAGUUGUUACCAAGGACAUCCAUACAGUAAAUGAGGACAGUGGUAUCAAUAGCCCUUUCUUUGUGCAACCCUGAAUCUAGUCCAUUGUUACUCCCCAUGCAAAAAUAUCUGUAUACAAUUGUCUUUUUAACAGGUGUAGGAUAGGCUUAUCCUUGUUUUAAAGUCUGGAUAUGAGAAAUCGAUUACAUGUAUGUGGAUUACAUUGUUCAUUGUACACUAUUCUAAUACCUAGUUUGAUUGUUUCUCAUCGUUUUAAGGCCAAACUACCAGAUUCACAGCAUAGUAAUCUUUUUGAUAACCCAGAAAGUGA